AUGGAAUCUACAGACUGGGACCUUUUCAGAGCUGCCACAGACAGUUUGGAUGAAUACACGGACACUGUGUGUGGGUGUUUGGUGGUGGGGGGUUGGGUGGGGGUGGUGUGUGGGGGGGGGGGGGUGUGUGGGUGGUGUGGUGGGGGGUGUGGGGGGGUGGGGGUUGAUGAUUGGGGGGGUUUUGGGGUGGGGGGGGGUUUGGGGGGGUUGGGGUGUUGUGGUUGUGGGGGUGGUGUUGGGGGUGGUGGGGGGGGUGGGGGGGGUGUUUGGGGGGGGGGGGGGUUGGUGGUGGUGGGGUUGGGGGGGUUGGGGUGGGGGGGGGGGGGUGGGGUGGUGGGGGGGGUGGGGGGUUGGGGGGGGGUUGUGGGUGGGGUGUGUGGGUGGGGGGUGGUGUGGUGGGUGUGGGGGGUGGGGGUGUUGGGUGUGGUGGGGUUGGUUUUGGGGGUGUGUGUGGGUGUGGGUGUUUGUGUUUGGGGUGGGGGGGGGGGGGGGGUUGGUGGUGGUUGGGUGGGUUUGGGGGUUGGGUGUGUGGUUGGUGUGUUUGGGUUUGGUGUUGUUUGGGGGGUGGGGUGGGGGGGGUGGGUUGUGGGGGGGGUUUUUUGGGGUUGGGUUUGUGGGGUGUGUGGUGGGGGGGGGGGGGGGGGGGGGGGGGGGUGGGGUGGUGGUGGGUGUGGUGGGGGGGGGGGGGGGGGGGGGGUGGGGGGGUGGGGGGGGGUGGGGGUUGGGGGGUUUUUGGGGAGGGUGGGUUGGGUGUGGUUGGGGGUGGGGUGGGGGGUUGGGGGGGUUGGGGGUGGGGGGGGGGGGUGUGUUGGGGGUGGUGUUGGGGGUGUUUUGGGGGGGUUGUGGGUGGGGGGUGUGGGGGUUGGGUGGGGGUUUUGGGGUUGGGUGGGGGGGGGGGGUUGGGGGGGUGGGGGGGGUUGUUUGGGGGGGUUGUGGGUGUGUGGUGGGGGGGGGGGGGGGUGGUUUUUGGGGUGUUGGUUUUGUUGUUGGUGGUGGUGUGGGUGGGGUGUGGGUGGGGGUUUGGGUUUGGGUGUGGUGGGGGUUGUGGUGGUGUGGGGGGGGGGGGGGUGGGGGGUGGGGUGGGGGUUUUGGGUGGGUGGGGUGGGGUUUGGGGGGGGGGGGGGGGGUGUGGUUGGUGUGGUGGUUGUGGGGUGUUUGGUGGGUGGGUGGGGGUUGGUGGGGGGGGGUGGUGGGGGGGGUGGUGGUUGUUGGUUGGGGGUUGGGGGUGGUUGUGUGGGGGGGUUGGGGUUGGUGUGUUUGUUUGUGGGGGUUGGGUGGUUGGGGUGUUGUGUUGGUGUGGGUGGUGUUUGGGGGGGGGGGGGGUUUGUGGGGGGUGGGUGGGUUUGGUUGGUGGGGGUGUGUGGGUGUUGGGGGGUGGGGGGUGGGGGGGGGGUGUGUGUGGUGGUGGUGGUUGGGGGGGGGGGGGGGUGGGGGGGGUUUGUGGGGGGGGUGGUGUGGGGUUUGUUGUGGGGGGGGGGGGGGGGGGUGGUUGUGUGGGGUGGUUGGGUUUUGUUUGUUUGGGGUGGGUGGUGUGUGGGGGGGUGGGGUGGGGUGUUUGGUUGGGUGUGUGGGGUGUGGGGUGGUGUGGGGGUGGUUGGGUUGUGGGUGGUUGUGUGUGGGUGUUGGGGGGUGGGGGGGUGGGUGUGGGGGGUUGGGGGGGUGGGGGGGGGUUGUGUUGUUGGGGGUGUGUUGGUGGGGGGGUGUGGGUGGGGGGUUGGGGGUGGGUGGGGGUUGUUGGUGGGUGGGGGGGUGGGUGGUGUGUGUGGUGUUGGGUGUGUUGGUUUUUUGUGUGGGGGGGUGUGGUUGGUGGGGGGGGGUGGUUGUGUGUGGUUGGGGUGGUGUGUUGGGGGGGGGGGGUUUGUGGGGGGUGGGUGGUGUUGGUUGGUGGGGGGGGGUGUGUGUGUUGGGGGGGGGGUGGGGGGUGGGGGGGGGGUUGGGGUUUGGGGGUGGUGUUGUGUGGUUGUUGUUGGGGGUUGGGGGUGGGUGUGGGUUUUUGGGUGGGUUUUGGGUGGGUGGGGUGGUGGGGGUGGUGGGGUGUGGUGGGUGGGGGGUGGGGUGGUGGGGGGUGGUGGGGGUGGUGGGGGUUGUGUGGGUGGUGGUGGGGGGGUUUGGGGGGUUGGUGGGGGUGUUUUUGUGGUGGGGGGGGGGGGGGGGGGGGGGGGGGGGGUUGGUGGGGGGUGGGUUGGUGGUGUGGGGUUUUGUGGGGGGGGGGUUGGGGUGUGGUGGGGGGGGGGGGGGGGGGUGGGGGGGGGUUGGGGGUGGGGGUGUUGGGGUGGGUUGGUGGUGGGUGGGGGGGGGGGGGUGGUUGGGUGGUGUGUGGUUGUUGUUUUUUGUUUGGGGGGGGGGGGGGGGGGGGGGGGGGGGGGGGGGGGUGUGGUGUUGGGGGGGUUGUGUGUGUGUGGUGGGGUGUGUGGGGGGUUUGUGGGUGGGGUGGGGGGGGGGGGGGGGGGGGUGGGGUUGUUGGGGUGGUGGGUGGGUUGGGGGGGGGGGGUGGGGGGGGGGUGGGGUUGUGUGUGGGGUGGGGGGUUGUGGGGGUGGGGGUGGGGGUGGUGUUUUGGGUGGGGGGGGGGGGUGGGGGGGGGGGGGGGUUGGUUGUGUGUGGGUGGGGGGGUGUGUGUUUGGUGUUUUGGUGGGUGGGUUGGGGGGGUGGGGGGUGUGGUUGGGGGGUUUGGUUUGUUUGUGGGGGGGGGGGGGGGGGGUUGGUGGUGGUGUGUUUUGUUUGGGUGGGGGGUGGUGUUGGGGUUGUUUGUGGGGGGGUGGUUUGUGUUGUUGGUGUGGUUGGGGGUGUGUUGGGGGUGUGGGGGUUGGUGGGGGUGGGUGGGGGGGGUGGUGGGGGUGGUGGUGUUUGUUUUUUGUGUUGGGUGUGGGUGUUGUGUUUUGGUGGGGUGGUUUGUUUUUUGGGGGGUGGUGGGGGGGGGUGGUGGGGUGGGGGUGGGUGGGGGGUGGGUGGGGGGGGGGUGGGGGUUGGGUGGGGGGGUGGUGGGUGGUGGGGGGGGGUGGGGGGGGGUGGGUGGUGGGGGGGGGGGGGGGGGGGGGGGGUGGGGUGGUGGGGGGGGGGGGGUGGGGGGUGGGGGGGGGUUGGUUGUGGUUGGUGGUGGUGUGGUGGUGUGGUUGGGUGUGGUUGGUUUGGUGGUGUGUGGUUGGUGGUGUUUUUGGUUUGUGGUUUUGUGGUUGGGGGGUGUGGUGUGGGUUGGUGUGUUUUGGUUUGGGGGUGGUGGUGUGGUGGUGGUGGUGGUUUGUUGGUUGGUGUUGUGGUUGUGGUGUUUGUGGUUGGUGGUUUUUGGUGGUUGGUGUUGUGGUUGGGUGUUUUUGGUUGGUGUUUUUGUUGUGGUGUUGUUUGUGUUGGGGGUGUUUUUGUGGUGUGUUUGUGGUUGUGUGGUGGUUGUGUUGGGUUGGUUUGUGGUUGGUUUGUUGUGGUUGGGGGUGGUGUUUGGUGUGGGGUUUGUGGGGUUGUGUUUGGGGGGGGGGGGGGGUGGGUUUUGGGGUGGGGGUGGUUGGUGGGGGGGUUGUGGUGGGGGGGGUGGGGAGGGUUGGGGGGGGAGUGGGGGGUUGGUGUGGUGGGGUGGGUGGGGUGUGGGGGUUUGGUGUGUGGGGGUUGGGUUUUUGGGUUUGUGUGGGGUUUUUUGUUGUUUGUGGGGGUUUUUUGUGGUUUUGUGUGGUGUGGUGUUUUGUGGGUUGGUGUUGGUGGGGUGGGGGGGGUUGGGGGGGGUUUGUGGUGUGUGUGUGGGUAGGGUGAUGGGUGUUGAGGGUGUGUGUGUGGUGUGUGUGUUGGUGUUUAUGGGUGUUGUUGGGGUUUGUGGUGUGGUUGUGUGUGUGGGUGUGUGUGGGUGUGUGUGGGGGUGGUGUGUGUGGGGUGUGUUGGGGUGUGUGUGUGUGUUGUGGUGUGUGUGGUGUGUGUGGGGGGUGUGUGUGGGGGUUGUAGUGAUGUGUGGGUGUUGUGGUUGUGUGUGGUGUGUUGGGGUGUGUGUGGUGUGUGUGGUUGUGUGGUGUUUGUUUUGUGGUGGGGGUUGGGGGUUGGGGUGGUUGUUGUGGGGGGGUGAUAUUGGGUGGGGUGUGGGUGGUGUUGGGGUUUGGUUGUGGGAUGGGGGUUGGGGUGGGGGUGUGGUGGGGGGGGGUGUGGGUGGGGGUGGGGGGGGUUUUGGGGGGGGGGGGGGUUUGGUGGGUGGGGGUUGGGUGUAG